CUACAAGGUAAACCACAAUAGCGCAGACACUCAUGUACCAAAGAUAAACACACAACUACGAUCAACUAAGUAACAUAGAAAAACGAACAAGCAACACACAAGAAAACAGCGUUAUAGACUCACAAGCAUACAGACGCACCCACACACGUAGGAAAAACAAUCACGUACCGUCUUGGAAUUCGGUCGUCCUUGUUCAACUUUCCCCUUCGGAUUCCUUCUCCACUCCCCCACCCCCAGCCCCGAUCCCAUUUCGCCCCUUGCCGUUCCUUCCCCUCCAUCAAUAUUUAGCAUAAUUUAAUAUUUACUUGUUGGAUGUUUGAAGCAACCCGUCUGAAAUAUUUUUCCAUUACAGCUUCUUUUUGUUGUGGGCCUACUAUGUAAAUGCGUGGCUCUGGGGCUUAGUUUUUGGUGCUCUGUGUUUCCGAGAAAUCUACCCUUACCUAUUAUCUUUUAAAAGGAAAUGGAGAGCCACAUCAAAUUCAUAGACAGUGACUGGGAUGAUGCAUCCGAGUUGUCGACAUUGCAUUUGUCCUACCUUGUACAACUUCUUCUCCCAGUUCGUCAUGUAGGCUGGAAGAAAGAAAAUACGUUUCACAAACCUUUUAACAUACCUCUGAUUAGCGGGAUCGAUCACACAUGUAUACCAACUGGGAGUACGGCCGAAGGUUUGAACAUUCCGAAAUGUAUUGUUAACAAUUCGUCGAUGUUUGAAGUGUUCUCAGAUACUGAUUUACUUUGCGUAUCAUAUUGUUUGAAAAUAUCAACAAGAGAAAUACAUGGUACUGGAUCAGGUUUUUCUGGUUACUUUGAUUACAAUGAAAAUAUGGCUCCUGGUUAUACAAAAAUCUGUUUUAUUGACGAAGUUACAAACAAAGAUGUAUUAACUUUCGACAGUAAAAGCGGAAAACAUUUUUUAAACAGAGAGAAUUUCAUAAAAGGAGCUUAUUCAGACGCGAAAGUACAUUUAGAAACAGAUAAAGAUACUUCUAUACAAGGUCCUGCACUGUCCGUUACUGAACAGGAACUCGUUGAAUUUAAGGGAAAGUUCGAUCAACAUGCAGGUGUUUCACGCGAUAUAGUACUGGCCUUACCAUGUGCUCCGUGGCCGACUAUUGCAGAUAAAUGGAAACAACGAGCAAAGUUGUCAUCUUGGUUACAGUUACAGCCAAGUCUGGUGGAAUCGAUAAUAGAAGAUGGUUGUCAUGUCGUUGGAACUCCUCCAAAGAAAAGUCAGAAUCCCGACCUAGAGUGGAGAAUAUCUUUCUCGGCUUCGGAAGGAAGAUUGGCGCGAGAGGCUGUUACUGAUCAUCAGAGACAGUGUUACAUUUACCUGAAAAUUCUACGCCAUCAAGUUAUGAAGCCUGACCCGGUUCUGUCUUCGUAUGUUUUCAAAUCAGUCUUCUUCUAUGCCUGCGAAAAAUUACCAGUCAGCUUCUGGAGAGAUCGUCCUGGUAACUGUAUUUUAUACAUGCUGGACUUAUUACUGGAAUGCCUGAAAAGAAGGCACGUGCCAACCUAUUUUGUGCCAGAGAACAAUCUUAUAAAUCAUCUCUCUGAAGCAGAGCUUGAUAUGGCAAUAUUCCAAGUUCAGAAUCUCCGAGACAAUCCUAUUUCUCCGGUGCUUGAAUUUACAAACCGUCGGUCAUUUGCAUAUCAUAGUCAGAUCGUACCAUUUAGCUCGAUGGCACAACCCCUUUUAGACGACAUGAAAACUUUCGCAGCUCAUAGAGAUAGACGGAGGGCAGUGAACGAUGGAUUUCUGCUGACUGCUGUUACUAUAUGCCAAUUUUAUCUGUUAGAACAUAUGGGUGAACAGUACAAGGAAUUUGAAGUACAAAAACACCAAGAAGGUAUUCAAACCUUGAUUCAUUUGUACAACCAAUGGUUAAAGCCAUCGCAAUUUUCUGUGCCUCCUUUGGUAUCUUUUAUCGCUUCUAUUGGCUUUGAAAUGGAGGACCAUGCACAGUCAUGUGAUUUCUAUGAAGCGGUUGUCACCCUUGGGGAUGUAUACCCGGAAUUUUUGGAUCUAAGAGGAAACUUGGCUUCCUUGUAUCAUUCAAGCGCAUAUACUUUCACAGACACUUCGGCACGAGACAAAUAUUUGAGAAAAGCCAAUGAUCUGUUUAAAGAAUUAUACAAUGAAAACACACAUUGUGUGAUCGAUUACGUCACAUAUCUUGUGAAGGAAAACCAGUUUGAAGAAGCAAAGUGUGUUAUCGAAGAGUUCCUGGACAAAGCCGAUGAAACAACAAACAUCGUGUUCAGUUACUCCAUAAAAGAAAUGGAAAUCAUAGAUGAUAACUUACGGAAACAUGUGCAAGCCCAUGGGAUUGUAUUUGGUGACGCCUUAUCAUUCGCAUACUACUAUUUAGUGAAAUGUCUCUGUUCGCUCCAGCAACAAAGUCUAUCGCAAGUUUCAGAGGCACUGUGUAAAUUAGAACAACAUUGUAAAGAAACUAAAACAGAAAGUUCGUUUGACUUUUACAAUGAAGCAAAGACAAUGAGUGCAGAGAGUAAGCAUAAUCUUCCAUUUAUAUCGCCUGCAACCACUUGUAUGCUCAUUGCUGCAGUGUUUCCGUCUUUAUUCACGUUGAUAAUUCGGGCUAUAAGACGUCGAUAAACGUUUACAAAGAAUGAUAAUAAAAUGAAACAUGUACGUGGACAAUGUUAGAUAUUUCCAUUUGGGCAUGAAAUACAUGUACAUGAACAUGUUUAAAUUGCGUGGAUGAAUUAGUCUGGAGGUCUGUACUACACUCUCUAUGUAAUAUGGAUUUUCGUCAUGUUUGUCAGUCUGUCUGCAUUGCAUUGGCACCUUGCGGAUAUUACUAUUUUAUAAAAGACAAUAAAGUAUACAUCUCUUAUAUGGACCUGUUUGUGCUUUAAUUAAAUGGACGUCUGUCAGGAUUAAAAUGAGAUGGACAACCAUGAAAAAUAAUCAAAACUGCAGAGUAAACAUCAAAUGGGUAACAUUUAAAAUUCCAUUAAGAAAUGGAAAUUGUCGAUUUUUGCAAGCUCAGGCAAUAUACAUUUGUAUUUUGAGGGGGAAACAAGUAACUUCGUAUCUCCCAAAACGAAAAUGAACAAAUCCCUGUCACGGACUGUAAUUGUCAGUGGUGGCACUGAUACAACGGUGGAAAUGUUUCUGUCUAAUUUUUGUCACUGGUCAUAGAGUAGGCGGGUGAAUAUUAGCGUAUCAUUUAACACCAACCGCCGAUGUGCUAUACCCCUUCUUUUCGUCAGAAGUCUCGUGCCUAUAUAUCUAUAGGUUAUACAUUUUAUGUAUGCAGGUCUUGACGUGAGAUCAUUUGAAAGUCACUAUUAUUCUAUUCUAAGAAGAGCGAAGUAACAACAAUAAAUAGUUUUAAAAAAGAAAUAUCAAGAUUAAAAAUGAAAGUUGAUUGAAUGUAUUUUGUCCUAUGACCUAUAAAAGAAAAAAAAAUAGAUACUGUUGAUAAUAACAACUUGAACCUCUCAGUGUAUUUAUACAAGCCAAAUGCGAAGGACGUGUGCUAAACUAUUGUUGAAUAAUGCAUUUCUAGUAGCCUACAAAGAAAUUGUCAGUGUGCAUUGCUAUCGAUCUCCAGAUCUACUAAAAUCUGUUAUUACAUACACGACUGACUACUUUAAUUCAUAUCAAAUUUCAUUUGAACUGGCACGGUAUCAAAACGUCGAAAACAAAUUUUAAAAUGCAGUUUUAAAACAGGGUUAUUGCAUAAAGGAAUUUAUUUUAUUGUAGAAAUUUAGCCAGUAGUCUUAGGAGUUUUCUAAAUAUGGGUACGGUACUUUCUUUUGCGGCGAGUUACAUAUCAAACCUUUUCUACAGCGGUGCAGAUGCGGGACCAAUUUACAUCAAUUUCAACAAGGACGAUUGGGAUGCAGUAUCUAACACACCGACCAUGCAUUUGUCAUUCUUGAUUAAGACACUUCUCCCAACCCGGUUAGUAGGUUGGCAGAAUGCCAAAAAGCCAUUUGAAAAUUGUUCGGAAAACUGUCCAGACUUUGGAAAGGACAUCAGCCUAAUAAUGACUGGUAGUAUGGCAGAAGGGUUCAUGAUACCUGUAACAUUAGAGAGAACAAAUCCGUCAACUUUGGUAAUUCAUUCAGAUGUAGAUGUUCUAGCGAUAUCUAACAAUAUGGAAGUGUCAACAAAAAGAUCACCAAAUCCAAAUACUAUGCAGUCCAAAUGGUAUUUUGAAGACGGAAAUGUUCACCCAGGAUAUACUCGUAUCUGUUUGGGUCCAGCUGUAAACGAAAAUGAUGAAGCGUUCAUUUUUGAUAAAAAGACAGGAAAGUACUACUUAAGUAGUACCAAAUACAUGGCUAGGAUGAUUGAUGCGUUCCGGCAAGACAGUCAUAUAAACGAACGCAAAAUUAGGAACGCAGAAGAAUCUCAAAUUCAUGGUCCAGCGAUCACAACUAUGUUUCCUGAAAGGGUUGUAGUACCAAACGAAAAUACUUCAGCUCCUGACAUAGAGCCCUCUAUUGACUUAGUUGUUGCUAUAAAAUGCUUCCCUUGGCCGGAGGUAGCUAACAACUGGAUUGCUAGAAUACAGGGUUCUCCUUGGAUAUCAGAAACUUUGGUCAAAUCAAUCACUGAAGACGGUUGUCAUGUUGUUGCCGUACCCUCUAAAAAGGGUUCGAAUCCAGAACUUGAAUGGAGAAUAUCUUUUUCUGCUGCAGAAGGACGAGUGGCACGAGAAGCUGUAACUGAUUAUCAGAGACAGUGUUACAUAUUCCUGAAAAUAAUUUACUGUCAAGCAAUAAAACCAGAAGCCAUUCUGUCAACUUAUAUGUUGAAGUCCGUCUUCCUUCAUUGUUGUGAGAUAUUACCUGCCAGUUACUGGAAGGAUUAUCCAGGUAGUUGUGUUCUAUACAUCCUCGAUUUCAUUGUGGAGUGUUUGAAAAAUAAGCACCUUCCCACAUACUUCGUUCCAGAGAAUAACCUGAUAGAUCAUCUCACUGAUUCCGAACUUAAGUUGGCUGUACAGAGUUUGGAGAAGGUCCGGGUGGAUCCUAUUGCACCUGUUUUAAAGUUUACUGAUACAAGAGUCAUUGGUUUACUUUGUACUGACGUCACAUUCAGACAGCUAGUUGCUCCAUUAUUGGACGACCUAGAAGCUGUGAAGAAAGCAGGACAAAUGAAGUUUGACAAAGAGAACUGCGUUAAGUUUGGUAUUUACGGUACAAGCUAUUUGAUUUCAAAUUGCCUCCUUUUAGAAACGGAUAAUGGCAAAGAGAUAUCCGUAAAAUACAAAGAAGCAGUGAAAGUUAUAAUUGACUACUACAGUUUCUUGCAUCCAUCGAAUGAGUUUCUUUUGGACUUUGUCAAGGCCUUUGGGUUGGCACUGAAAAGACCGGAACAACAAACCCGUUUCUUUAACGCUGCAAUUAAUCUUUCCAAAGAGUAUCCUGAUUUUUUAAAACUACGUGGGAGCCUGAUCGAGGCGUUGGAAGGCAUGUAAAUUUGCAUGUGCACAACCCCAUCCCGCGGUUUGCCAAAAGAGAAAUGAAUCAUUCACAGAGCCUGCUCAAAAAUAUUCUAUGUAAGCAAUUGUGAUGCUACUUUGCUUGAUUUUAUCAUCAAGCGCAAGAAACUUUGACGACAGAUGGAGAAAAAUAAGUAUCUGGGAAAAAGAAAAGCACUCACUGUAGAACGGAAUGGACACUUGUAAAGAUCUGCUAAGGAGUCAUUUCCGAGACUUUUGUAAAAUUCAACGGGGUGCAGUUUCAUUUACAUACUAUCCUGUGUGAAAAUGUUUGUCUGAAGGCUAACUAUUUUCUUGAAAUAUAGUAAUACACUGCUAUGCCGAGUACGAUUUCAGCUCAGUUUCUAUGCUAGAACAAAGGCAUGUAAAAAAAAAUGCAUUUUCAUUUCUGUUUUAUUAAAGUUACUUUUAUAGCUCUUUGGCUAGAACAACAGCAUCUCAUACACCGCGUCAGGUCGUUACUUUAAGACACCGGAUCAGUAGCAUAUGAUCAAAUGGAGCAGUUUUAGUUGUAGUUGUGGAUACCAUACGGAAGAUUGUUAGCACUAUCUUUUUUAGUGUCCUAAUUUUACAAAUCAAAGAAUAGUUAUGUUUCAGUCAACCAAGGACUACCACCCUUUAAACAUAGAAAUUUGUUUGGGAACUCCUUUUUAUCAGCAAAUGAUAGUUUAGAAGUGUUCAAAAUUUAUCAAGGAUACAAUUAAAGCGUUUUGAGAAUUAAAAUACUAGAGUGCC